GCUUCGUGGGACGGCCGGAUAUGCUGAAUGUCCACAUAGUGUGCCACAGCCACAACGACGUUGGCUGGACCGAGACGCCGGAUGUCAUCUACAACGAAUACGUGCAGGAGAUCUACAGCUCCGUGACGGCGGCACUGCACAAGAGUCCGCGACCGGAAGUACGUGUCGGCCGAGACGGCGUUCUUCGAGCGAUGGUGGCAAGACCAGCUGCCGCCACGACGAAACAGCGUCCGCAAGCUCAUCCAACAAGGGCAGCUGGAGAUGGCGGGUGGCGGCUGGGUGCAGAGCGACGAGGCGACCACUCACUACUCGGCGAUCGUCGACCAGAUGACGAUGGGGCUGCGCUGGCUCAACGACACCUUCGGCGAGUGCGGCCGGCCCCGCGUCGCUUGGCAGGUCGACCCAUACGGACACUCGCGCGAGAACGCCGCUCUAUUCGCACAGAUGGGCUUCGACGCAAUCUUCUUGGGCCGCGUGCACGUGGCCGACAAGGAGUACCGCCGCAGGCAACGCUCGCUGGAGUUUGUCUGGAACACCGACAGGAACAUCGGAAGCAGCGCCGACCUGUUCGCCUCCAUCCUACCCAAUGUCUACAUGCCACCCAGGGGCUUCUGCUUCGACAAGUACAGCUGCAACACCGACCCGGACGUACUGGCCUACAACGCAAGGACGCGGGCUCGACAGUUCAUGGACGCCGUCAGAGAAUACGCCAAGUAUUACGAGACACGCAACGUGAUGGUGACCAUGGGAGGUGAUCUGGCGUACACUAAAGCGGAGGCCUGGUUCGACAACAUCGACCGCCUUAUUUCGGCCGUCAACAGAGAGGCCGCAAGUUCGGGUGUAAGGCUGCAGGUGUUCUACUCGAGUCCCUCGUGCUACCUGAGGGCACUGCACGCGGCCAACCGGUCGUGGCCCGCGCACACGCGCGACUUCCUUCCGUACGCUGACCGGCCGCAAAUCUACUGGACGGGCUUCUACGCCAGCCGGCCUGCCCUCAAGCGCUACGCCAGGCAGGCCAACGGAAUUCUGCAGGUUUGCAAGCAAGUCGCUGUUAUAGCAGGACUUCGAGCAUCAAUACACAAAUUCAAGAGGGCAGUUGCUACAUUGCAGCAUCACGACGCAAUAACGGGAACGUGCUCCGAAAGGGCGGCCCAGGGUUAUUCGAAGCUCGUUGGAGACAGCAUGUUCCAGUGCGAGAAGGUGAUCAGCGACGGGAUCGUGAGCCUCCUGUGGCGAAACCCGGACAGCUACGACGAGCCGCUACAGUUCUGCCACAGGCUGAACGAGACCAUCUGCUACAUCACCGAAAACGAGAAGAAGUUCCUGGUGAUCGCUUACAACCCUAUGGGCCAGAGGGUGAAGCACUAUGUUCGACUCCCGGUUCCCUUCAAGGAUGGCUAUGUGGUUGAGACACGCGAUAAAGAGACCUUGCAGUCCCAGGUUGUUCCCAUGGCGAAUACAGUUAUGGAUCUCCCGCUCAAGAAACACAUUGCGAUGAACGAGCUUGUGUUUCAAGUGGAGAUGCCGCCACUGGGAGCAACCGCCUACCACGUGUCAAGAACACCAGUCGGAAAGCCGGCAAACGAGAACUACGACAUAUUCAAGAUUGACCUGGAGGAAUCGUCGAUCGAAAACGAGAAGUACCGCCUGAUCGUGGAUGUGACCACCGGCCUGCUGAAGGAGGUCAUCAUUCUGGAGAGGGGCGAGACGUUGGUGCUUCGCCAGUCGUUCUUUUGCUACGAGGCGCAGAACACCGGCGGCAAAGCGAGCGUCGGCGCCUCGUCCACUUCGGGCGCCUAUAUCUUCAGUCCAGCCGACGACGAACCGUACGACCUGGGCACACACGUGACCUACAGAAUCAUCAAGGGGAACGUGGUACAGGAGAUCCAGCAAGUGUUCGACUCCUGGAUUACUCAAGUGAUCCGGCUCUACAAGGGCCUGGACCUCAUCGAGUUCGAGUGGAUGGUGGGACCCAUCCCGGUCGAGAGCCGCCGAAGCAAGGUCGUCAGCCGUGAGAUCAUUUCGCGUUACUCAACAAAUCUCCUAAACGACGGCAUAUUCUACACGGACUCCAAUGGACGAACAACGAUCGAAAGAAGACGCGGUCCCAUGGCAAAGAAAGGAACAGACAACUGGAAAACUACAGCUUCGCAGUACUACCCCGUCGUGUCUUGGGUGUACAUUAAGGACGUGGUUCGAAACAUGCAAAUGACUAUCCUGCCUGACUCAUCCCAGGGGACAGCCAGCCUUCACGACGGGGAGAUUGAGCUCAUGAUGCACCGCCGGCUGGUGGAGGACGACGGAUGUGGGCUCGGCGAGGCGCUCAACGACACGUCGGUGGUGCGCGGCCGUCACUGGGUGCACCUGGGCACUUCUGAUUGGCCCCGCAUGCGCCAGCAGGCGCUCCAACUCGUCUACGCGCCCAUGCUCGCGUACUACAAGCUGGGCAGGGAGUCAGUCGACAGCAUGCUCGUCACGGGAAACUUCUCAGGGCUGCGGGAAGAGCUGCCUGACAACGCGCACCUGCUGACAUUGGAGGCACUCUCCGCGUCGCGGAUCCUGGUGAGGCUCGAGCACCUCAUCGUCGACGGGGACGCCAAUGACAAGCUCGUCUCUAUCACGCAUUUGCUCAGGAGCAACCUCUUGGAGGACGUGCACGAAGCAAGCCUGUCGGGACAGAUGCUGCUGGACGAGAUGCGGCGCCUGCAGUGGCGGCAGACACAGACGUCGGGCGGCCCAUCGGCGCCCAGUGGCGGCUCAGGCAUCGUCCGCGAGCAAGACAACUAUUCGGUACAACUGCUGGACGGUCGCAUCAGGACCUUCUAUGCUUCUCUUUCGCCCAAGCUGCGCUAGGGCAACGCUUGCGACAGCAGGGGCUGUUU